UAUCACAUAAUUCUUUUUUAAUUAAUUUUAGGUUCAUUACUUUAAUGGAAAAUAAUAUAUUGUAUGAGGAGGAUAUUAUACUGUUGAUGGAGGGAUGCAUCAUUAUGACCAUAUAAAUAGGAUGCAUAUAAUGUACACUGUAUCCAUCCGAAUGCCCAACAUAUUAGACACUGUGAUUUACUUAGUAUGCUAUUUUUAUUUACUUAAAUAAAACUGGUAAUAUUCUUCACUGUGCUUUUCUCGCUGCACAUUGACAUCUUUCUUAAUUAUCCCAAUAGUUAGUUAUUUUCUGUGAGUGACGUUGGACUGAUAAGUGGCAAUAAUCUAGGUGGACAAGAAAUUAGUGAAGCAGACAGUGAUGACAUCAGUGUAUGGUGUAACUUACAUUUGUGCUCGGGAUCAGAUCAAGAGAAGGUUGAAGGAACGUAAUGCCAUCGCAGAUGAUACAGAGCUCUUUGGUGCAGCCUGUUAUGCUGCAAAAAUCACAUUGACUGCAUUGGGAGAGAUGUUUCAAGCUGCUCGUAGUAUCAUGGGAUGGCUCGGUGACUGUGCAAAGGGAAAUGAUAUGCAUACGACAAAGUUGCUAAACAUUUGAAGUGGCUAAAACAAUAUCGAUGGGGCCAUCAUUGAAAAGUGGAUCAAAAGUUGGGAAAAGUGGAUCAAAAGUUCACGAACCAGACCAGCACCCUCCCCAACAUAUUUCUUAACAAGUUCACGAAGCUAAAUUGUACAAGACUACUUGGCAGUAUAAGCAUUUUUUGGAGGAUUAAAUAUUUGUGGAUAGAUGUGUA